GCGUGCCCAGAGGAUGAUAAACAUGUCUGGGACCAGUGCAGAAACAGAUAAAGAGGUUUCUGGCAAAAUAUGUAUAAAAGAAGCAACAGAUAUAAAGUUAGAACAGUUAACUCCCCAAUUUUGGUGUCAUUUCUGGUGAACCUGCACUGGACAAUGGUCUGGUCUCCCCUGAGGCUCCAUUAUUUCUCCUGAUGGCACCAGGACUUUGCUGGAUAAAAUCACAGAUUCCCCCAGAGAUCCAUUUGGGACACAGAGCAGCUGACCCAACUUCAAAAAUGUGACUCAUGGCCCCUCCAGCAAAAGGAUCAGGAGCAGUUUCUGGGUUGGUACAAGAGCCCCACAGGACACAGAGGUGAUGAAGAUGAGAGGAACCUGGCUGGGUGUGCCCAUUGGACACCUGCUGGCUCUGGGACACAGGCACAUAUGGAGAAAUAUGGUGGAUUCCAGAAAGUUCAGGCUGUUUGUCUGCCUGCUGGGGCUCAGCAGUGCCAGCCUCUGGGCUCUCUACAGCUGGACGGAGCUCUGCGUGCUGUGUGAGAGCAGCCAGGGUUACAUCUUCCCCACGGGGACUUUCAGGAGGGUGGAAGGGAACUUCUCACAGCUCCCAGACAUCGACUGCCACAAGAACCCUCCUUUCCUCGUCCUGCUCGUGGCCUCCUCGUUCCAGCAGGUGGAUGCCAGGAUGGCCAUCCGGCACACCUGGGGCAAGGAGAGGACAGUGGCUGGCAAGCGCCUGGUGACGUUUUUCCUCCUGGGGAGCCCCGUGGAUCCCAGCCAGCAGGCUGACAUUGCUGCUGAGAGCCAGAGGUACAGAGACAUCAUCCAGAAGAACUUUACAGACACCUAUUACAACCUGACCCUGAAGACCAUGAUGGGGAUCGAGUGGAUUCACAGGUUUUGUUCCCAGUCCAGCUUUGCGAUGAAAACUGACACCGACGUGUUUGUCAAUGUUUUUUACCUCACUGAGCUUCUCCUGAGGAAAAAGAAGACUGCUGGAUUCUUCACAGGCUUUUUAAAACUGCACGAGUACCCCAUCAGGACAAGAGGGAGUAAGUGGUAUGUGAGUAGGGAAGAGUACCCAGGAACGACCUAUCCACCCUUUUGUUCUGGGACUGGAUAUGUUUUAUCCAGUGAUGUAGCCAGCCAGAUCUACAACAUUUCUGAGAGUGUUCCAUUCAUUAAACUGGAGGAUGUGUUCAUAGGACUGUGCCUUGACAAAUUAAAAAUUGGGCUGGAGGAGCUUCACUCGGAGCAGACGUUUUUCCCAGAAAGGAUCAGGUUCUCUGUUCCUCGCUUUAAGAAAAUCGUGACGUGCCAUGGAAUAAAACCAUCGGAGCAGCUGAGCUACUGGAACCACUUGGUGGCAGGAGCUCCAGGAGAAGUGCUCUAGCACCUACCCUGCUCCACUUAGCAAAAUGAAAUUCUCUGCUUCUACAGGGCUGCUCCCCACUCCGGCAAACUCCCAAUAACUCCAGCUCCAUGGCGUUAAAGACUUUGGAAAUGGUUAUUUUAAUCACAGAAUCAGAGAAUUGUUAAGGUUGGAAAAGAUCUCCAAGAUCAUUGAGUCAAACCUUUGACUAAACACCACCUUGUCAACUAAACCAGAGCAAUGAGUGCCACUUCCAAUCAUUCCUUGAACCCCUCCCUGGGCCCUUACAGUGCUUUAACCACCCUUCCUGUGAAAAAAUUCCCUAUUUCUGCCCAAGAACAUGCAAACCACCUUCUCUCUCAUUCACUCCCACCUUUGUGCAUCCCUUCUCUAGACAAGUUACAAUUAUUAUUGAAUUUUUUUUCCCCCCCUGAAACAUUCAGGCCUGCUAACUCACCCCCCAGAUCUUACUGCCAGAGGCCUGGGAACAUUUCUGCUGUGCCAAACAAAAACUCAAAGUACUUUUGUUCAGAGAAUGAAAUCUGCACCAUCUUCCUGGUCACCCUUGACAAAUUACUGCACCCAUCUGUGCAGGCAUUUAGGGAAUAAUAUGUGUAGCUGUCAGGAUGGAAGCUGCAGCCCUGCCCUUGCAGCCAGCUCUGUGUGGGCUGAGCUGCAUCCUGGCACAGAUCCCUCCUUCAGUCUACACUAAGUGUUUUUUGCAGAAUUUGCCCAUGCAAUGCUCAGGGGACAGCGUUGGGCACUGCAGGUCACCUGGUGGACAGGUAAAAGCUGCUGCAGCUGUUUCCUUGUGUGUGCUUCCUGCUGAAAAUAAUCCAUGGCGGAGCCAGUGGAGGGUGUCCUGCUCUUCCUAUUAAAAUAGACCCUGGAGACAUCUUUUAUAUUUGUCUCACUUUGAUUGCCUGAGAACCACUCUGAAUGGUUUGCCAAGGCUAAACUAGAGUCACUUACAGUGAUUUUGAUUUUUUUUUCCAAAAAGAAGCUGGGUGUGUGAGGGAGAAGACAGGAGGAUUUUUCUCUUUUGAACAAGUGGGAAAAUGUGCUCAAGAAAUCAUUCAGACUGGGGGCCCUAUUUCUUAUCUCCCAAGCAGAAAGUCAUGAAAUCUCUGGGAUGAUUAUAAGUUUCAGAGAUAAGGAGUGGGAUCUUUACAGCAGAUGCUGAAAAAUCCUUCAGGGCUCUGAGGAAGGAGAAAGAAGUUCAGAAAUGCUCCCUUAUGCAAUGCUCCUGAUUUUCCUGCAGGCACAGGCGAGGUGAGUGCUAUCAGCAUGGAAUGCCUGUAAUGUCUGUGUGAAGUGUUUUUUCCAAAAAGCAGUGAAAGUGGAGCUGUUCCCAAGGGGAACUGAAGGGGAUCUGACACCCGCCAUGGUAAAAGCAUAGAAGAAAGACAGGGAAAUGGAUUUUAUGAUUUUGGUGUUAUUUAUUUUUAUUGUUUCUUUUCUUUUAAUUGAAAAAAGAAAAAAGGGUUCUUCUUUCUUUCCUUCUUUUCAAAUCCUUCUUGGCAAGGAUUUCCCAAGUAUCUCGUUUUACUUGCCUGUGUCUGAAGAGCAGGAUAAAUAUUUUCAGCAGGAAAAUCCUGUGAAUCCUGUUUAAUAAUGGUCAUAAAAUAUUUGUUUUCCUCUGAUGUAGAGUAACCUGAGAUCAUGCACUUACUUUUGACCACUGAUGGUGAAAGAAGCAAUGUUUAUUUGUUUGUCAGAAGAAUAGCCUUCUUCAUUUUAAGAUGUUUUAACAAACUUUUAACAUUUAUUUAAAGAA